AUUACCGGUUAAAUUAAAGCUGAAAGAUCAGAGAACAAUUUUCUUUCUAUCUGAUUGUGAUAUUUACCCCCAUUUUUACGCUGUACGCGUUUAAUUUUUUAAAACCGGGUCAUUAUUAGAAGCCGUGGUAUUUAAAUUUCUGUUUGUCCUUUAGGAGUACUUUACUGGCGGUCGACAAUGUCGACAUAGUUCGACCAACUUCCAGUAGUAGCGCAUGUUACUCAAAUUCAUCGAAAUAUCCUAUAAAGAAUUGUUUAUAUUUUUAAAAGUGCGAUAGAUACCGUGAUUAAGCACGAAUUUACUUAUUCUCUGAGUUGUUAGCUUUAAUGUGAAUCUUAAAGGGCGCAAAUUGAUUCAUCGGAGGGCUUGUACUUUCGUUUGAAAUAAGUGAUCGUUCCACUUUGCAAGGAGACGGAUUUUAACGUUUCUGCCGUUUGAAUGGUGUAUACGAGAACAAACGGUGAUCGUUCUUCGCAUAUUUUAUUGUUAUAAAUCAACAUUAUUACAUUAACAAUGAACGACGAUCCUAAAGAAGUGCUUGCUCUCCUAAACUCCUUGGGUUUCGUUGGGAUCACCGCGCAACAACUUAAAGAUUUCAUGAAAGACUUGAAGUUGUACAGAAAAGUAAAAGAUCGUGAGAGGCAGCAAAGAAAGGAAGAGAUAAGGAGAAGGAUAAUAGAUAAGCAGAGGAACGUGAUCAGAGAAAUUCUCACAGAACAAAAGACAGAGUUUCGUUCGAUCGAAAAUACAUUUUCUACUAAUUCUUCCAGUUCCUAUAUUGACACGUCUUUUGUAAAGGUGAGAGUGAAAUGUAUGUCGAGCGACAAGGAGAACAUAAAUUCUGCGAAUUCUGAAGAGAACUAUGAAAACGCGAGGAGCAAUGUGGACAUGAUACAAUUGAAGUCGAAGCCCAAAAGAGCUCAAGAUCAUUACAGUAUUAAAUCCAGCAGCGUUUCCUGUGACAAUGAAGAUGAAAAGCUUUGUUUGAACAGUAGAAAUAAAUGUGGGAGUCUCUCGAAGAAGAAUGUUCAUAUAGAGAAACAGAGUAGGACGAAACUUGAACACGACGAUGUAUCAGAUACUUUACCAAAAUCAAAUACCUUGCACUCUGCACGACCUAUGAGUGCUCCAAACAUAUUGGAACACCGAGAGUGCGUUGCGAGUAGCCAAACGAAAAGCACAUCGUCUACGAGGAAUACAAAGUCUUUUAUUAGACCUUGGAGGCUACAACCAGAGGUUCAAAAGAAUUUAAGUGCGAGAAAAUCUGAUCCUGUUACUCUCUAUCAGAGGUAUCAACAGGAAUGGAAGCAAAUGUCUUUUCCUGGAGAAGCCAAGCACUCGAGCAUAAGAUGGGCAAUUCGUGAGAAAAUGUUAGGCACGGAUCCCCAUCCAAUGCCUCUUCCAAAGAAGUCUGUUAGUAUGCCGACGUUGAAGAGGAAAUGACCAAGGUUCGAGAUAGAAUUGGAUUUUACCUAGGAUGAAACUGGGACACAUAAUUAUGUUGAGCUGUUACAAGGAGAAUCUGUUUAACGUUGUAAUAAAUAAAUGUAAUUUGAUAUAUAAUAAA